AUGCUAACCAGCACGUCUGUAAUACAAAUUCUGAUAGCGCUAAUGGCAGGGUUCUUGCAAGGAAGAGUAGUGUGGUCCAUUUCAAGCAGUGCGCUCCUCCCUGUAGGCCCGUGUCGCUUGUUCGGUCCCAUGACAUGUUUGGUCACCAGCAACGUCAUUAACGCGCUCACUUUGUAUGUAGAUAGUUAUACU